AUGUCAAUAACAAGUAUUGCUGAUCUUAACGUAAGUAUCGCUAGAGCAACCAGCGAAAGUAUACCAAAUGGUGAGAUAGAUCUCCCAUUAUCACUGGAAAUUUCAGACGUAAUAAGGUCUCGUAAGUUGCAACCGAAGGAAGUAAUGAGAUCAUUGAAAAAAAGAAUUGCCGAUACUUCUUACAACCCAAAUUUACAAUUGUCAUCAUGGAAGUUGGUAGAAGUCUGUAUAAAAAACGGUGGUACGCCAUUUAUUGUAGAAAUAUGUUCAAGAGAAUUCAUGGAUUUAUUAGAGCAUACAAUUCUGAAAGCCAACGAUAAUAGCUACGAGAAAGAGGAGUUAUUAGAAUUAACAAGUAAAAUGUUUUACGAAUUGUACAUCGCAUUUAAGAAUGACUCUCAGUUAAAUUAUGUCGCGAGGGUUCACGAUAAGCUUAUCUCCCGUGGUGUUAAAUUUCCUGAACAUGCCACUGAUGUAAAUUCUCCCAUGGCAAUGUUCGAUUCGAAAACUCCAGCAGAUUGGAUUGAUUCUGAUGCUUGUAUGAUUUGUUCAAGAAAAUUCUCAAUGCUAAACAGAAGACAUCAUUGUCGGUCGUGUGGUGGCAUCUUUUGCCAGGAUCAUUCUUCCCAUUUCAUUCCGUUACCUGAUUUAGGGAUAUACGAAGAAGUCAGAGUUUGCGAUAAUUGUUUCGAGGAUUAUGAUUUAAAGAAACAUGAUAGCAAGAAAUCACAGGGUAAGCCUCGUAAUCGUAGACACAGAAGAAAGAACAGAGGCAAUGAUUCAGUGACUGAUGAUUAUGAUGAAGAAGAACAAUUAAGAAAAGCAAUCGAACUUUCAUUAAAGGAAUCCACGGGAUCUAUAGAACCAAUAAUACCUGUGAUACAACAUACCAGAGAACCACAAGUACAGCAGCAGCAAGCUCUUGAAGAUGAAGAGGAUGCAGACUUGAAAGCAGCCAUCCAGCAAAGUUUGGUUGAGGCAGAAGAGGAAAAAAGAAGAAGAGAAUUACAAAACCAACAAUUUCGCAUGCAACAGAUGCAAACACCACCGUCAUUUGAAUUAUCUGCAACUGAAGAGGAAGAUAUUUAUCUUUUUGCCUCUUUAGUUGAAAGAAUGAAAACACAAUCGAUGUCUGAAAUUUUAGAAGACACUCAAUUGCAAAAACUUUAUCAAAAAGUAAUAGCAUCAAAACCCAAAUUAAAUAAUGCAUUAAAUGAUAAGAUCAACAAAUACAACACACUAAUCGACAUGAAUGCAAAGAUUAGUGAUAUUAUGAACAUUUAUGAUAAUCUAUUGGAAGAACAAUUGAGAAAUAUUAAUCUUUCACAACAAUACGUUCUCCCACCACAGCCUUCUGAUCCAUACGCAGCACAUGAAAUGAUUAAUGUACCACCACCGCAACAAACGGAGGCUCAACCGCAACACGUUUCCCAGUACUACAGACAAGAACCAGCUCAUGAAUACCAGCAAGUAAAUAAACCAUUAGAGACUCAACCGACUUACGCUAAUCAAUUGCAAGAUAUAAAUUUAGAGGUACAGACUGCCUCAGAAAUGGCAAGCACAGCAGCAGCACUUCCAUAUCCAAAGGAAAGUGAAAUCAUGAAUAUUCCGUCCGAGCCAGUGUACCCUACUGAAGAAGUACCGUCACAUGCACAGCCUCAAGUCACUUUACCGUAUCCAUCGGAAAAUGACACAACCAAAGUGAAUAAUGAACAAAAUAAAUCAGCAAACGUACAGAACAUCACUCAAUAUGAGUUCCCUACGGUUCCCGCAAGUAAAGUGACAGAACCUCAAAAGGAAGAGGAGCCAGAGGAAGAACAUGAACCAGUCCACGAAGAAGAACUCCUUUUAGAACUCUGA